AUGGACUUCCGGUUUUUCUCUCACAUUAGACUAGUUUUGCCAUUCAUUUUGGUAUUUUUGGUUGGUGCAACAAGUUCAUUAUUACCAGCAUAUGAAGAUUCAGAAGAGUUGGAUGACCUUAAAAGGAUUUGCAAGUUUGAACGCCUUAUGGAAGUCGAGAGAGAAUGCGCCCGCGUUGUAUCUUCAGCUUCAAAAGCUCAACUUGGAAUUCAAAAGUUCUAUGAAAUUGCCAAGGGUCUCUCUUUCCAAAAUGGAGAUUGGGUGCAAGAGGCUAGUGGAGUACCACUGAUGCCAUUUGAUUCAAGUGACAUGCCAAUGAACUUUAGUGGCAGUGGAUCACUUCUAAAGCUAGCUUCGUUUUGGGUGAUGGGAUUUAAUCUUUCCGAUCCAAGUAACAAUGCCAUUGGCGUUUGUGGACUGUUGUCUAUAGGCAUUACGAGGAACAGCACUUUGCCAGACAUGCCGCAGACUUGGUAUCCCAAGUUUCAUAAAAGCCCUGGAUACUCUGUGCUAACAAUUGCUUUUGAAGGACAUUAUGUGGAGUCUGAAGACGAGGGAGGGCAGGGUUUGUUGUGCAUGUUGGGAAAUUCAGUAUCUCCUUUUUCAGAAAGUCCUCCUGAUUUUUCUACGUGGUCAUUGAAUUAUGGCUGCAAGAAUAACCGCCAAUUUUCUCCUGUCAAAGAUGAUCGAAUUAUGCUUGUUCUUCAAUAUCCUCAGAGUUUCACUUUGACCAGCGGGACAAUAGUUGGUGACCUGAGAAGUUUGAACAGACGGUCAGACCCCAAAUAUUUUGACGACAUCAGUAUCGUUUCCCGGCUCAGUCAUCAAACCUAUGACUCCAGCUAUCAGUUUAUCUCCAAGAAGAUUGUCUCAAAAGCAUGCAACUCGGACUUGUACGAACACGAAUCGUCAGAGAAGAGAGGUGAUGUAUAUCAUGGGAACCAUUUCUGUAGAGUCCUUCAAAACUUUGCUUCUGAAAAAUUUGAUAUUGUAGUGGAAAAUUGCAACAGUAGCAACAUAUGUGAGAACUUGGGGCCUUUUGUACUCGGUGAGAAGGUUGAAAGCAAAGACAACAUCUUUCAUAAGUUUCGGCUGAUGAUGACUGAUCUUCGUUGUGCUUUAGGGGACAACAUCAGUAAGCUCAGAGCUGCAAAGGUUUCUGCAUUCUUUAGAGUCAUAUCUCCUUUGGAGGAUGUUUAUUAUUCUGGGGCUAGGAGUGGUAUCUCUGGAAUGACCAUCUCUGCAGAAGGAACUUGGAAUCCUUCAUAUGGGCAGCUGUGCAUGAUUGGCUGUGUUGGACUUGAGAACGAUAUAAACAGGUGCAAUUCUAAAAUAAGCUUAGUAAUACCUGUCAUAUUGUCAAUCACUCAGCGGAGCAUUCUCAUGGGCACUAUCACUAAUAUUCAAGGGACAGAUGCGUUUAGCCCUUUGCUUUUUGAAAAGAAAGUCCAUCCUUCUGAUAUCUGGAACAGGUAUCAUGACUAUAGCAGGUCUUAUUUAUCAUACAAGUACUCCAAGAUUGAUUUGGCCAAUGAUUUUUGGAUGAGAAGCAAGAAGUUCAACAUACGCACCGUGGUUCAUGAUUUGAUCUUCAAGUAUCCAAGCACUGAAGAUCGUGAUAACUUGACUCUGCUGUCUUCUCUGUCCAGUAAGCUGUCUUUUCAUGUCAAUGCUCUCCCAGAUCAUAAUCAUGAACACAAAUUGCCAGGGACACUCGUUUACUUCGAGAUACUCACUUUGGGCAAAUUAUUUGGACGUUAUUGGUCCGAAUUAACAAGGCAUGAUAAUGGGGAGCUGUAUUCUGGAAGUCGAGAUAAUUUUGCUUUUACUGAUGAGAAGCUGCCUCUGAACGUGUCAGCACAUCUCACCCUUAGUGGAGAAAACUAUGGUCAUAUAUCAAAAAUCUACCUUGAGGGACUGUAUGAUCAACUUGGAGGAAAGAUGUAUCUUAUAGGCUGCAAGGAAAUCGACUUCCAGUUCCAGCAUUCUGAGAGGUUUGCGUAUGAGAAUCUGAAUCUUGGAAGCAAGAUGGACUGCUUGAUAGAAGUGAUGAUAGGGUACUCCCCUGAGACCGCCAGGUGGUUGAGAAAUCCUACAGCUAAGAUCUCAAUUUCCAGUGCCCGGAAUGCAGAGGAUCCCUUGUACUUUAGGCCAAUCAGGCUAAAGACAUUUCUGAUUCCAUACACUGACAACUCAAAAGAGGUACGAUUUCGUCGAAACUUUGAGGAGCUUUUACGUGUGUCAAUACUUCUAGGCUCAAUCAGUUGCCUAUUUAGCCAAUUAUGGUACAUGAAGAAGAACGAUUAUGUCAUUCCCUUCAUUUCCUUGUUGAUGCUGACCAUUCAAGUUCUGGUCUAUUGUCUUCCCUUGGUCAUGAACACCAUAGUUCUGAUCAAGUGGAGCGGAUAUCACUACCGCAGCAAAUAUCCUCCGUACAAGGAUAGAAGCAUGCACUUCAAAAUGCUGGAAAUAAUCAAGAAAUCCCUCCUCUUGGUCGCGGUUGUACUAGCUCUAAGACUCUGUCGAAAGGUAUGGAAAUCAAGACAACGUACUCAAAGUUUAUCACCAUUAGAUCACGGACCAAGGGAAAUUCGGGUUUUCUUUGCAAGUGGGAUAAUUCACAUGAUUGGCGUUGCUUUUAUUCUGGUGAUUCGGGAACUCAAGAUUGACGAAACAAUGUCUGCAGCAGCUGCAAACCACAAAGCGACUGACUGGGAAACCAUACUGCAAGAACACUGGAGCGUAGUUCAAGAUUGGUUUUUGCUUCCCCAGAUAAUGGGAAACUUGAUAUGGCAGAUACAAGUUAAGCCCCUGAGUAAGGUGUACUACAUUGGAUUGACCCUCUUAAGGUUCCUUCUUCGGACCUACGAUUACAUGAGAGAUCCUGUCUUCAAUCCAUACUUCCAUCCCACUGAAACUUGCAGCAGCACAGAAGUUUUCUCAAGGUUUGAAAAGAUUGUGAUCAUAAUGAUAAGCCUAUCUUUUGCUGUCAUAGUUCAUGUGCAGCAGAGUGGAUGCAACAUUUUCAAAGUUUAA